CACCGAGCUCCGCGAUCCCGAGCUGGGUGCGGGGCUGCUGGUGGCGGCGCCGUCUCCAUUGGCGAGAUGAGUUUGGCUGGGGGCCGAGCCCCCCGGAAGACCGCUGGGAACCGGCUUUCUGGGCUUCUGGAGGCCGAGGAGGAAGAUGAGUUUUACCAGACGACAUAUGGGGGUUUCACGGAGGAAUCUGGAGAUGAUGAAUAUCAAGGGGACCAGUCAGACACAGAAGAUGAGGUGGACUCUGACUUUGACAUCGAUGAAGGGGAUGAGCCUUCCAGUGACGGAGAGGCAGAGGAGCCAAGGAGGAAGCGCCGAGUAGUUACGAAAGCCUAUAAGGAGCCUCUCAAGAGUUUGCGGCCUCGAAAGGUCAGCACCCCAGCUGGGAGCUCUCAGAAGGCCCGAGAAGAGAAGACCUUGCCGCUGGAACUGCAGGAUGAUGGUUCGGAUGGUCGGAAGUCCAUGCGUCAGUCAACAGCUGAGCAUACACGACAAACGUUCCUCCGGGUUCAGGAAAGGCAGGGCCAAUCCCGCCGGCGAAAGGGUCCCCACUGUGAGCGACCACUGACCCAGGAAGAACUGCUCCGGGAGGCCAAGAUCACGGAAGAACUCAACUUACGUUCACUGGAAACAUAUGAACGACUGGAGGCUGACAAAAAGAAGCAAGUUCACAAGAAGCGGAAGUGUCCUGGGCCAAUAAUCACCUAUCAUUCAGUGACUGUGCCACUUGUGGGGGAGCCUGGCCCCAGGGAAGAAAAUGUGGAUGUAGAAGGACUUGAUCCUGCUCCCACAGCUUCUGCUUUGACGCCUCGUGCUGGGACAGGGCCUGUUGUCCCUCCUGCUCGCUGCUCUCGCACCUUCAUCACGUUCAGUGAUGAUGCAACAUUUGAGGAAUGGUUCCCUCAAGGGCGACCCCCAAAGGUCCCCGUUCGGGAGGUCUGUCCAGUGACCCACCGUCCAGCCUUGUACCGGGACCCUGUCACAGACAUACCCUAUGCCACUGCUCGAGCCUUCAAGAUCAUUCGUGAGGCCUACAAGAAGUACAUUACUGCCCAUGGACUGCCACCCACUGCGUCGGCCCUGGGCCCUGGCCCACCACCUCCUGAGCCACUCCCUGGCUCUGGUCCCCGAGCCUUACGCCAGAAAAUCGUCAUCAAAUGAAGAUGUCUGAUCCUUAGAAACCACUCUCCUCCCCUGACCUGGAGCUUUUGACUAUUCUAGUCCAUUGUCCUCGCUCGUCUUGCUCAGUCCUUUUCUGUAUCUCUUUCCCAUUGUCCUCUACUUCCUUCUGGUUAUGUCGUGUUUUUUUUUUUAAUCUAA